AUGGUCAUCCGCCUCGACCUGCUCCACAUCAAAUCGCAUCUACAUAGUCCCUCAUCACAUCGUAUCGCCGCGCAAUCACUACUUGCUGCUGCACGUGUUAACAAGCUUAACAGAGUUGGUGACCAAUGCCACGACCAAAGUGGUGACCAAUGCCACGACCAACGUGGUGACCAAUGUGCUGACCUACCACCUGACCAACGUGGUGACCCAAGUGCUGACCAAUGCCAUAACCAAAGUGCUGACCAACGUGCUGACCAAGGUGCUGACCAAUGUGUUGACCAAUGCCAUGACCAACGUGUUGACCAAUGUGCUGACCAAUGUGUUGACCAAUGUGGUGACCAAUGUGCUGACCAAAGUGGUGACCAAGGUGCUGACCAAAGUGGUGACCAAUGCCACGACCAAAGUGGUGACCAAUGCCAUAACCAAAGUGGUGACCAAACACCUGACCAAGUUAGUGGUUACGGCAGCGAUGACAUGGUCACGGCAGCGAUGACAUGGUGA